AUGCCGCUCCACAUGCCGUACCACUCGAGCAUGGACAAGGAGGUCGCCAAAGCAGCGAGCAUCCUGGACUCGUGCUUCCGCUCGACCGUGAGCGCAGACGCCGCGAUCCCGGCCGAGCUCAUCCAGAACGCCGCCGGCCUCGCCUUCCUCACGGUCGUCAAGGCAGGAAUGAUCUGGACGGGCAAGCUGGGCACGGGCGUGGUCGUUGCGCGCCUCGAAGACGGGUCGUGGUCGCCGCCCUCGGGCAUUGGCACGGCCGGCAUUGGCGUUGGCGCUGAGCUUGGCGGCGAGAUCAUUGACUUUCUCAUUGUCUUGGGCUCGCCCCGAGCUGUCCAGACGUUCAAGCGAGGCACGCAAGUCUCGGUCGGUGCGGGGCUGGACCUGGCCGUAGGGCCUGUGGGUCGCACUGCUGGCGCCAGUGUCAAUGCGGGAGGAGGUGGCGUCAGUGGCAACUACACGUACAGUCACGCCAAAGGCGCGUUUGCUGGCGUUGGGCUGCACGGCUCGACGUUUAUGGUUCGAGGGGAGAUGAACAGUCAGUUCUACGGCCGCAAGGUCACGCCCAAUGAGAUCCUGAGUGGCCAAGUAGCGCCGCCGCCGGGGUCCUGUGACGUUCUGUUUGAAGCCAUUCGUCGGGCGAGCGGGCAACUCGGACUCGGUGGACGCCGGCCUUCGGCGUCUCUCGAUGCAAGCUCGGCCGGCUAUGCGAACAGCUAUCGUGGCCGCACUGGGACGCCAGAUGCUGCGGAUCAUGCGGCGGCUGCGCGUGCGUCGUAUGCAGCGAGUGGCCCUUCGCCAUUCUUGAGCUCGAAUCGUGAGUCGCAAGUGCCGUCGACGUCGAGGCCCCUCCCACCAGCAAGCACCGUGGAGCCGGACCCAAAUGACCCGCGACUGAAACGAUUCACUACGUACAAAACGGAGCGGGAACUAUACGCAGGGUUUGAGCAGCAGCGGCGUGGAAUCGCUUCUUCCGUACCGGCUGAGUCGACGCACUCGCAUCCGACAGAUCCGUCGCUGAAGUACAAGUCGUACCCGGCGCCAGCGCCGAAUGCAGCCUACACAGCGCCUCCACAGGCAGAAGCCAUGUAUAAUUCGUUCGUGAAACCAUCCGUGCCCAAGGCGCCGCAGCAGCCUGUGCCUCCCCUACCGCCGCCUGCAAAGGGCGCCGAGAUGAAACGGGUGUACUCGGAGGUUAUUGCUUUUGUGCAGACCAAGUGCCCCUACGCAGAUCUGCAGCUGUUCAAGGAUAAUUGCCGACUCUUUGGGCAGGACACAAUGUCGCUUGCUGCAUAUUUCAGCUACUUGCUGUCCAUUUGCUCGCACUCGCUACUCAAGGAGCUCGUGCCUCGGCUGGUACGCCUGCUUCCGACGCAAGAGAAGCGCGAGCACGUCUGGACGCUGUACGUGCGCGAAGUGCUGCUGAUCAAUAUCUGA